UGCAAAAAAGAAGGUUGCCAAUUGAGGUUAUGAACUGCCUAUAAGCUCAUAAGUUUGCUUCUUGAAUUGAAUUGAAGUAGCUUGAACUUAAUUCAAAUUAUUUAAAAAAAAUUAACACGAUAUAGUUUUGUGGUGCUAUAAUGGAGGUAGAUUCACCGAGCUGUAUUCAAGCUAAAUUUAAAUCUGACACUGGAGAAGAAACGGGAAGUCCAUUGGAUUUGCCCCUAAAUAUAACCAAAGAUCAACUUCAACUGAUAUGUAAUGCACUUUUACAAGAGGAAGAUAAACCAUUCCUCUUUUUUGUGAAAGAUGUUGAAAUAACAACCACAAUAAAGGAUGCAUUGGACCUAAAGACCUUGAAUAGUGAAGAGGUUGUAGAGAUAAUAUAUCAACAACAGGCUGUAUUUAGAGUUAGACCAGUCACAAGGUGUACUAGUUCAAUACCAGGUCAUGCGGAAGCAGUGAUAUCUACGUGCUUUAGCCCUUCCGGGAAGAAACUGGCUAGUGGCUCAGGUGACACUACUGUCAGAUUUUGGGAUCUGAACACACAGACACCUCUACAUGUAUGUAAAGGACAUAGUAAUUGGGUACUCUGUAUAAGUUGGUCGCCAGAUGGAAAAAAACUGGCAUCAGCAUGCAAACAAGGAAGAAUUAUUUUAUGGGAUCCAUCAACUGGUAAUCAAAUUGGUAAACCUAUGCUUGGACACAAACAGUGGGUAACAGCUCUGGCCUGGGAACCUUACCACAGAAACCCAGAAUGUAGAAAACUUGCCAGUUCAUCCAAAGAUGGUGAUGUUAGGAUAUGGGACACGGUAACAUGUCUAACAUUGUUGAGCUUGACUGGACAUUCCAAAGCUGUAACUUCGGUGAAAUGGGGUGGUAAUGGUUUAAUCUACACAUCUUCUCAGGACAGGACAAUCAAGGUGUGGAGGGCAGAUGAUGGGGUGUUAUGCAGGACAUUAGAAGGUCAUGCUCAUUGGGUUAACACUUUAGCACUAAACACGGAUUAUGUGUUACGUACUGGACCUUUUCAUCCUGUCAUGGACAAUAACGCAUAUAGUGAUGAUAAGAAUGUUCUCCAGCAAAGAGCAUUGGACAGGUAUAAUGCAGUGUGCCAACAAGGAGCUGAACGUUUAGUUUCUGGUUCAGAUGAUUUUACAUUAUUUCUCUGGCUACCAGAAAAAGAAAAGAAGCCUCUGGCUAGAAUGACUGGACAUCAACAACUUAUAAAUGAUGUGAAAUUUUCACCAGAUACAAGGAUUAUAGCGUCUGCUUCAUUUGACAAAUCUGUGAAAUUAUGGGAAGCAGCAAGUGGGAAGUUUAUAACAACAUUAAGGGGACAUGUUCAAGCUGUAUACAUGGUUGCAUGGUCUGCAGAUUCUAGACUACUAUUAAGUUCUAGUGCUGAUUCUACACUGAAAGUUUGGAGUAUGAAAACAAAGAAGUUAGAGUUGGAUCUUCCAGGUCAUGCAGAUGAAGUGUAUGCUGUCGAUUGGUCCCCAGAUGGAGCUUAUGUGGCAUCAGGAGGAAAAGAUAAAGUGUUGAAGUUGUGGCAGCAUUGAAUACACAUUUGCAUAAAGUAUUAUUUUAUUAUGAAAUGAAUAUGAGAUGUACUGUUUCAAUAAAUACAUUUCUUUACUUGA